AUGUGUUGCGGAAAGAUGCAGCUGCAAGUUGCGUUCGUAGGUCCGACGAGAGCCGCUGAGCCGGUGACUCGGUGGGCUCCUAGGGAGAGAUUUUGCUCGGCUCAGCCUCUCGGCCGCCUUCUCGAACGUUCCGAUCGCCACGCCCAGCUUUUUUCUCCCCACAGGGAUUUCGAGGUCCAGAGAAAGAAACAGACAAUAAAACCUCGUCAGCUGUGCACUAAUAACCUGAAAGAAAAGUACAAAUUGGCUAUAGUUAUGGUGUAAAAUAAUGCCAUUGAACCUAAAACAAGUCGACAGCAAAAUCAAUUUCUUCAAAAAUAUUAAGCGCAUUCUUCAAAAUAGAAAAAAAACAGGAAAGAAAAACAAUGAAAGAAAAAUUCGGGAAAGAAAAAAUGCUCGAAAUUUAUCAAAAUAUACAUAAAUUGGCUUCAAAACCAAAUAUUUACCAGAAAAGUUCAAAAUACAUCAUUUCUCAAAUUUCGCUGUUUCUUUGAAAUAAAAGUUCAAAACGAAGAUAAUUUGGAUAUUUCAAUUCUAUUCUCCUCCAUAAAAAAAUAUUCAAAAAAAGAAGGAAAUGCCUUGAAAAUGAUGAAUUUAGCUUAAAAACCAUGUAAAAUUCAUUUUUUGCGAUUCAAUGAUGAAAAGUUCAAAAUAAAUCAUUUUUACCUUUAUUCACCCAGACGACAAAAAUUGAAUAUGAGUUAAGUGUUCCUCAUAAAGUGUUCAAAUUUAAUCCAAAGUUGAAAAAAAUAAAAUAAAAUCAACAAACAAAUACUUUUAAAAUUUCGUAUCAUGCAUUUGUACGUCUCAGUGUCUACACCAUCGGUAUUUAAUCCCACGCCACUUGGUCAAAACAGUUGCCAUGGCAAAAAAAAAAGAGAUGCCACGUGGCAUCUCAUUUUUUUUUAAAUGACCUCGAUCAAACUUUCAUUCAUUUUUCACUUAUUUCGCGAGUGGUUGUGCUCAAUUAGCUCCAGAAGAUGAGUUGUUUUAUCAAUAAUUUUCGUAUUAGAAUAAUUAAAAAUGACCUAAGAUAGUAAGCGCUAGUAGAUUAGGCCCGUGGGACUCCCGGAGUGCCGAUCCUCCUGCGCUUUUCAGUGCAUUUGAAUACGCAAAGUCACGCUGAAGCCCAUUCCAGUGGCCGAAGCAGAAACUGUUGACAGCGCGAUGCUGGCAAAGCGAUGAUGGGACCCCCACGGAAAAUGCCGUUACGGUCUUCGGCGUGUAG